AGGCGGCGGAAGAGGCGGGCGCGGCCCGGAAGAGGCGCAGGCGGAGCGGAGCGACCAUGGCCGAGACCGACCCCAAGAGCGUGCAGGACCUGACGGCCGUGGUGCAGACACUGCUGCAGCAAAUGCAGGACAAAUUUCAGACCAUGUCUGACCAAAUCAUCGGAAGAAUCGAUGACAUGAGCUGUCGCAUCGAUGACCUGGAGAAGAACAUCGCUGACCUCAUGACGCAGGCGGGGGUGGAGGAGCUGGAGGGGGAGAACAAGACCCCGGCCCCCAACAAGAGCUAAAGUUGCCAAUAACUCCAGAUGAAUCUUGGAAGUUGAUUUUUUCUUUUUUCUACAAAUCCUUGGAAUUACAGAAUGGCUUUUUGCAACUCCUGUGUGUAAAAGCAUUUUUAUAUUGUUACAGAGCUUGCAUUCCUAAUGUACAUUGUAUAGUUGGGGUAGGGUAGUUUAUAUUUUGAUUUGUGUACUGUAAUUUCACUUUUUUUAAUUCUUGUUAACGAGGAUCAAUUGGUUGUGUUAUUAAAACACAGAUCUUAUGGAUCUCAACUACUGGGUGCAUUUUUUUCGUGAAGUCACUUUUUUCUCUUCCCUGUACUUUUCUAAAUGUUUCAUGUUUGAUAGCUCAGCAUUUAGUGACUCCCACUAAAUGGGAACCUUGCCUUGUCCUGUGUGACUUUGUGGAGUGAAGCACAAGAUUGAAACUUAGCAUUAGUCUUUAGUUCUAAGCAUCAGGCACUCACUAGUUGGGGUUUAUGUGUUGGUUUUUCAUACCUGUAAUAAGGUGGAUUUGGAAACAUGAGACACUGGACAUCGAAACCAUCCCUCCUGCUCCAGGUAUUACCUGAGCUGUGUGUUCCUGGAACACAGACCAGAAAUAAAGAUCUACCAUCUGUGCACAGCUGAGCAACCACUGCCACUCACGUCUGGGACAUCUGGGCAGGCAAGGAACUCUUAACUAUGAACAGUCUCACUAUGGGAUUGAAGUUUUUUAACACUCCGCUUUGAAACUGUCCACGUGUCCUUUGGCAUCACCUUUGAACAGGAAUUGUGGUCGAAGUGGUGAUGCUGGACAGAACAGGGAUGGUGUUUUUAGAGUGCAUGUGGGCUUUCAGUUUAAAUCACUGGCUCCUUGGACAAAACAGUUUAGUAGCAAAGCAGUGGUAUAUUGAACAAAAAUGACAGAAUCCAGUUAGAUUUUUAAAGCCUUGCUUCUCUU